AUGGGACAGGCCUACCUCACAACCCUGGAAAAAUUCACCGCUCUCUUCACUGACAAUCCUUUCAUGCCACGUGCCGCCCCCCAAAGCACUUCACAAGAUCUUUUCUGGUGGAAGCAGACCCUCAGCCGACCCGAACUCUCUCGAUUCAUCCCAGAACCCCAUCUGGUCCUCGAUACUGCUGCUUACUCAGACACGAGCUCAGAAAUCGGCAUUGGCAUUGUCAUCGGAGAGCGAUGGCGUGCAUGGUGCCUUCUACCAGGAUGGAAACAAGAAGGCCGAGACAUUGGAUGGGCUGAAGCCAUCGGAUUUUUCUUCCUCAUCCUCGCACUUGUGGGCGAAAAUGAUGGAGAAACUCACCAUCGGGUCUAUGGAGACAACCAAGGUGUUGUCGAAGGAUGGUGGAAAGGGCGUAGCCGAAACACACCCACCAAUGAAAUCUUCAAACAAAUACAUUCCACAAACAAGCACCAUGGAACCACAUUCUACACCCGCUACGUUGCCAGCGAGUACAACCCAGCUGAUGGCCCAUCUCGAGGCAUCUACGGACCUAUGUCACACCUCCUCCCACCAGUCAGAAUUCCAUGUGACCUCCGAAAUUUUGUUGUGGACUUCGACACUCCACCAACCGCAGAGGAAACACGAAGAGCAAGAGAAGGAAAGACCCCAAAACCCCUUCCAAAACCUCUUUACCUUCCCAACCUCCAAGAACAAGCCCAGAUCAAAGGGGAACUUGAUCGCCGAGCAGAGGAACUCUUUGCGCAGGCCCAACGAUGGUGA